GAAGGAGCGUGGAUGGGUAGAAUGGGGCAUGUAAUGUGAGUACAAAGUCAGCCGAGUAAACUGGGAAGACAGUGUCAGUGUGUAGGGAACGUUUAACAUUAAAUGCUGAGUGAAGGGAGGGGAACUUUAGACAUUAACAAGAUUAAUGAAACCGGAGCCCAGGAGAAGGUCAGACAAUUAGAACAAAUAGAGUGGGAAGAGAUAUGGGCUGAGAGUGAGCUAUUACCGAUCACAAGAGCCAGGCGGAGCUAGCAGAGACAGGCAAGCAGUGCUGGGACAUUAUAGUGCUAACCCUGAGAUGAGUACAGCUACAAACCAGGGGAGCAGCCUGUUACUAAUCUCAAUUUGGACUAUGGAGAAAGCUGGGGUAUGACAUUGGGAUAUAUGUUCUACAAACACACUAACGAGGAAGAGAGAGAGAGAUCCGAUGGAAGAGGUACUCUCUCCAGGAAACUAUUAAACCAAUUUAAUGUCUGAAAACUGGCUAUAAAUGACACCCUCCUUCCUAACAGUAAAGGAGACUUCAAAAUGAUGUGCAUAAAACCCCAGGGGAAGCUUUGUCGCUCAAUAUGGAAAGGUUUGGUCUUGGGGACUCUCCUCACCAGUUUUUUGAUCCUGUUGUAUUCAUACACUAUGCCACCAUUAACCCUCAGUAGCACAGGGAAUCCUGUCUUCGAUUGUUUUUCUUCUUCUAUUCAGGAAUCCUCAAACCCUGCAAAAAACUCCAGCUUAUUGUUUACGCAAAGCUGUCGUCCUCGGCAGAAUCUUAUGUUCCUAAAAACCCAUAAGACUGGAAGCAGCACCAUCCUAAAUAUUUUGUUUCGGUAUGGACAGAAACAUCACCUCCGAUUUGCCUUUCCACGUGGUCGCAAUGAUUUUGAGUAUCCAAGCUACUUUCAGCGUUCACAAGUAGAAGGUUACCGUCCUGAUAUCUGCUACAACAUUAUCUGUAACCACAUGCGUUACCAGCAUUCAGAAAUAAGACCUCUUCUCCCUCAAGAUGCUGUGUUUGUCACUGUUCUCCGUGACCCUGCACUUCUCUUCGAAUCCUCUUUUCAGUACUUUGCCAGAGUGGUACCGCUUACAUGGACAAUUCCAGGCUCAGGGAGUAAGCAAAAGAUGGACACAUUUCUCCAGAGCCCAUUGAGCUAUUAUGACUCAAGUGGUUAUAAUGCCCAUUAUCUUCACAAUUUGAUGAUGUUUGACCUGGGUUAUGACAAUGAAUUAGAUGCCAAAAACCCCAAAGUGAAACUGAUCUUAAAGGAACUGGAUGAACGUUUUCACUUAGUAAUGUUGAUGGAGUAUUUUGAUGAGUCUUUGCUGCUUUUAAAAGACUUGCUGUGUUGGGAGAUGGAAGAUGUAUUUUAUUUUAAGCUUAAUGCUCGCAAGAACACAUAUGGCUCCAGGCUGGGUCCUGAGAUGCAUCUGAUGGCACAGAACUGGAAUGCUCUAGAUACUCUCAUUUACAACCACUUUAACUCCACAUUUUGGAAGAAGGUGGAGGAGUAUGGGGUUGAGAGGAUGAAACAAGAUGUGUUACAUCUGCAGAGGAAAAAUGAGUUGCUGAUACAAGAAUGUAUUGCAGGAGGGGGUCCAGUGGAUGCCAAUAAAAUUAAAGAAUCUGGGCUCCAGCCUUGGCAGCCAAUAGGUGAAAAUGUAAUUCUUGGUUAUAACCUGAAAAAGAACAUUUCGAAACAGCACAGGCAAUUGUGCAGGAAUAUGCUAACUCCCGAAAUACAGUACAUGAGUCAACUGGGAGCGGACCUGUGGUUAACACAACUCUGGGCCAGCAUCAGGGCAUUUUUCAAAUGGUGACCUUAUAAAAGGUGGUUAUGGUUUACAAAGAAUAUUGGACUGACUUGUGCAAGUAGUAAAAUAUUGAAUAAGGUAUUAGAAUUGGAUGAUUGCCUCGGUAUCUUAAAUAGCUGUUAUAGCAGAGGUGGAGAAAAAAGUAAUGAGAAGGGGAGAAGAAAGAUUAUAGGAACCAAUG